AUGUUUAAACAGGGCGGGAAGCAGGGGCCCGUUGUCGAAAAGCGUCCAAAGAACUGUCCUAAUGAUGGCUUCCUGGGCUCCACCCUUACUAUUGGGGGACGCUCCUUGCUAGUCACUAAGUUUUUGGCACAGGGAGGAUUUGCCUUUGUCUACGUAGCAACGAACCCCAUGAACGUGAACGAGGUCUAUGCGGUCAAGCGAAUGAUUAUACAAACUAGUGCUGCCCUUAAGGACUGCCUGAUGGAGACUUAUUACCACGUCUGCUUCAAUAGUCAUCCCAAUGUUGUCAAGCUCUACGCCGCCCGGAUUGCAGGACACGAGACCCAGUUGUCUCCAAGUGCUGUUGCUGAACUUUGCAACGCACGCCUCCAAAUUCCAUCGGAAAUUGUUCUUUUGAUGGAGCUGUGCGUGGGAGGAUCCAUAGUCGAUGUCAUGCAGCGGGCACCGAACAGUAAGUUCACUGAAGACUUCAUAUGGAAUGCCUUUGGCCGUGUGGUUUCGGCCGUUUGCAUGAUGAGCUCUAUGGGCAUCAUAAACCGCGACCUCAAAAUCGAGAACCUUCUGAUGUCUUAUCCCCUCGACGAGCAUAUUUCUCCGGGACAGCUUACGGCCAAGCACGCAGAGUAUCUCAAGGUUUGUGACUUCGGGUCGUGUACCAAGGCCCAAUACCCCGACGGGAGUGUGUUUACAAAGGAUCUGGCCCUGAGGACAGCCGUGGAAAACGAGAUACAGAAAAAGACAACGCCGUCCUAUCGUGCACCUGAAAUGAUUGAUUUCUUUGCAAAAUUUCCAAUUACCAUUCGAAGUGAUGUCUUUGCUCUUGGAGUGAUGCUUUAUCGAAUGAUGUACUUUACUCUUCCGUUCCCUGAUGGCGAGGUUCUUGCUAAUUUUAACUGCAAGUACAGACUGCCUACGUCACCUGGGUACUCUGAAGAUCUUAAGCGUUUAAUCUCUGUCUCAUUAGUUAAAGAUCCUAUGCAGCGCGCCGACGUUUGGUACCUUGCUGAAGCAAUCCAGGCCAAGACGGGGAUUCAAUUUACUCCUCGGCCGGCCGAUCUGAUGUCUCCACAGUUAAUGACCCAGAGUAUUGGGUCUCCUCCUCAGGAUAUUCUUCUUUCUGCUCAACUGCCGCAACAACCCAUGGGUUCAAAUACCACGCCGGUCUUUGACUUCAGUGCCCUACCCCCGCAGAACCAGGGCCAGGGCUUGACGCGAGAGUCUUCCUGUGUCUCUGUUGCUUCCACCGAGGACACACCUCUCUUUGGCUUUGAAGCGAUGGCUAAAAAGGAUAGUCAUGCUAAGGCCGGCGGGGGAGCCCCCAAUAGCGGCGAUACUUUUGGCUUGCAGGUUAAAAAGUCGUCCUUAGCCGCCGCGCAAGGUUUCCAGCUCUCUUCUGGAUCCACUGCGCCCGCCUUUCGUGCUGGCGGAGGAGCUGGUAGCGCUGUACAGCCAGCGCUAUCUCUCCCAUCACCCUCCACAGCCAAAGGGCUGCCAAACUUCAACUUCAAUGGAAAGCCUAUGUUCUCGACACAACAGUCGCAAGCUCCUCCGCAACUUCAAGCUCAGCCUAUGGCUUCUAGUCCACCUGCUAUGCUUAGCAAUCCUCCGGUACCUGUUCCAAGUGUGCAGCCUAAUAUGAAUUCCUUAUUAGAUUUCUUUAGCUCAGGAUCUGAACCCUCACCUUCUCCGCAACAGCCCCCAGUUCAGCAACCACAGGUUCCCACCCAGAACCCAGGAAAUCCAACGCUCGACUUGUUUGGAUGGGGGAAUCAGGCUACUCCGUUUACUCCUUUUGAACAACCAAAGAUUCCGGCGCAGGAUCAAGCUGUGUUCAAUAUGAUGACGCCAGAACAGCAGAAGGUCUACACACAGCAGCUGCAAAUGCAGCAGAUGUUUUGUAUGCCAAAUGUGUCCCAAGGGAAUAAAUAG